UCGGCUGGAAAGUCGAGCUAAGCCAAUCGGGCGCCUUUCUUGAAGCUUUGGACCACCCGUCUCGGUGGAUUUGGGCCGACUCCUCCCCGGAUCUUUUGCUCAGAGCCUGGACGGGGUCCGUUCGGAGUGGUCGAAAGGCAGCGCUGCUUUCCCGGUUGCCAAGUCCCGCCCGCCCGGCGCUCCAGUCCCGUCCCUCAUGUCUCGGGGAUGGGAGCGCGCCUUGAGCCACCCGUCUGCCUUGCAGCGGGGGCGCUGCUGGGAGUUCUGCUGUUGGCGGCAGCGAGCCUCUUUCCGGAGGGGGUGGAUCGUCAUCGUCGCCCCGGCUGCUCUUGGUGGCGGCGGCAGAAGCUAGACGGGCCCCCAAGUUGCCUGCUACGGCGGGAUGGAAACCUUCCUCCUCUCUGCGGGCCAAACUUUCCCGCGGCCUUCGGCACUAACUUGGCGCUGCCUUCCCAGGUUGCUCAAGAAGAGCUUUGGAUUAAACCCCCGAGGAAGUGCUUCAGCACAACAGCUGUCAAAAUGCAACUGGCAGAGAGGCAAAGUGAAGAAGACCAUGCUUUGCUUUUAACUUCUGCAGCACCAGAUAUUCACUUCAGCCAUUCCUUCUUUGCUUUGAUACCCUCUUGGAUAAGAAAGAACAUGGUCAAACGAGAGGCUUCCAGUAACCAUCAACUGCAUGAAGUUGCAUCAAGAAUGGCAGUGUCUUCUGCACAUGGAAUCACUUUUCAGAAGUGUGCGGUGGUUGCUACUGAGCAUGAACCCCAAAGGGCUUAUGUGAAACUUCUGAUUAACAACACCAAUGCACCACUUGCAUUUAAUGUCACAGAUCUUGUUUUGCUGGACAACAUUACUGGUCUCCACAUUCAAGGAACAAAGGGUAAUAAGACAGCAGAUGGGUUUCAAAAAUACAGAAUACAAUUUUUGCAAGUUGGAGGAUAUUAUUCAGUGGACUACAUUGCUGUCAUAAGGGCAAAGGAAAUGGGUGAUGCCGGAGCAUUGACAUUGCCUGCUAAACUGACCUUCCGAAGCUCAUCACUGAACAGUUCAGAACUUGGCUCACUGACAGCAUCAUUCAGAAUAAUAGGAGAAAAAAAGACAAAGAUUUUGUUUAGUCAUGGCAUCCAUGCUUUGGGAUUUUUCAUUGCUUUCGUAAUGUCUUUUAUAUUAUCAAGUGUAACAUGGUGGACUGCUUACAAAACUAGGAGAGCUCCCCAAAAGUGCUAUAAUAAACAGGAGGUGGAACAUGACUGCGACACAGAAUAUAAACUGGAGCAUUCACACUUUAAUUCACCUGGUGGUACCAGCCAUGAGGAUAUAUUUUUGAAUGACCAAAUUAUUGACAUUUUGUUUUUGGACGAAUCGGAGAAAAUGCUUCAGUUUUUAGAAGACUUUGAGAUAGCAAACUUGACCUGUGCAGAUAGAGAUUUGGAAGCCUAUCGAACGCAGAUUUGCAAAGAUGUGAUUACCCUCUCAGUGAAGAACAUGGUUGCUACUCAAAGGCUCUCUCCUCAUGUGGAGAAAAGGAUGAGUUCAACUUUCCAAAAACUAUUGCUUACUAUGGAGAUGGAAAUUCAGGAAGAAUACAAACGGAAGAUGGUUGCAUUAACAGCAGAAUGUAAUCUAGAGAAUAGGAAAGAAGUUGAAUCUCAGCAGCAGAAGAAGAGAAAGAACAAUGAAGAAGCUGAAGAAUUGAUAAAGCAGGCAAGUGAAAAGUCCGCUGCAGAAUGCAGACCUCUUCUGGAAAAAAUUCACAAACUUGAACACCACCACAUCAAGAGGUUUCUGAUGGUAAAACAAGAAGAAUACUUUGCUAAGGCUUAUAGAGAACUGGCUAUUUCCCAGAGAAAUGAGAUCCACAACAUCUUUUUUACUCAGAUAAGAAAUGCAAUUUUAAAAGGAGAAUUGAAAUUAGAAGCAGCCAAAUCUCUAGUCGAAGAUUACUGUAAAAUGCAGGGAGACAUUGAAGAGCUGAUGGAUUUUUUGCAAGCUCAUAAGAAGUAUCAUUUGAGUAAAAUAUUUGCUCAUAGAGAAUACCUUAUUCAAAUCAUUCGGCUAUUGGAUUCCCAGAUGUCUUCUCUCUGGAGCACUGCAGCAAGCCAGAUAGGAAUUUUCAUUAGUAAGGUAGAAAGAGCUGGUCAUUUGGCUGAAAAUCACUUGGGAGGAGUCCUAAAUAUAGCACAAGCUGAACUGCACUCUGCUAAACAGAAAAUUGAUCAUGUUUUAAAGCAGGAGAAGCAAAAAAUUCACCAAAAGUUGAUACAUACAAGACAACAAGAAAUGCUGCAACAGAAAGAGAAACAAAAAGAGCAGAUGUGCCCUGGGGAUGCUUUCAGAACCCCUGGCGAUAUCUGCCAGUACCUGGAGCAAUGGCAAAAGAUACUGGCUGAAGGUACUGCUGAAUUUGAAGAGCUUAAUGAAAAACUGGAUAAUGAAGCCGAGGAAGAACUAGUAGCGCUCAGGCAUUCUCUGACAGAGAGAGCCGCUGAAGAAAUCCGACACAUUCAGUAUGGAUUUGUCAUGCAAGAACUGUUAAAACUUCAUGUGCCUAAACAGCCUCUGCAGCAAAUGAUAGAGGACCACAAGAGAGAGAUUGCACAAGACACAAAGCGGCUUGAAAAAGAAGAUCAGGACAAAAUGAAGGCUGCUAAAAUAUUACUGCAGCGUAAGAGAGAGAAAUUGAACCAAGAACUUCAGAGCAGUAUCACAGAACAGAGACAGUUAAGGGAAUGGGAACAAUUAGUGUUCUUGAAACUUUUAGGUUUUUCUCUUGUUUUGUCUGAAGAAGAACUGCUGAAAAUAAGGCAGGAGUUCCAUAGUUGCUUUUCCCAGAUGGAUUGCAGUUUGGCUUUACCCAAGAUUCGGGCAAGGGUGUUGCUGCAGACUUACCAGUCGGAGCGGAGAGAAGCAGCACUGCAGAAGGUAGAUCAAAAUAUGCUGGCACCUAACAAGCAGCAAGGGUCUAAAGUGAAAAAAAAGUUAGAGAACAAAAAUCAGAUGGAUGUUCUAAAGAAAGCCCUGGAAAAGAAGAUUCACAUAUAUGAAAGCUACAUAACAGAUGAACACGUGACCAAGAUUCUCAGUGAACUACAACUUGAAAGAGAGCAUCAGCUGCAGGCUCUGGAGAAUAAACUUGGGGAAUACAUCACUUCUUUACAGUUCCGAAGGAUUGCAAAGACACCUCAAACCUUGGAGUUUUACAAAGCUCUCGUCCGACUACGAGCUUUACUUCUAGAAGAACUGAGUUCAUCAAAAACUCUGACCAAGUCAGAUUGUGCUGAGAUCUUGGAGCAAAGCAAUCAUGAAACUGAGGAGCUGGAAAAAAAGAUGCAGGAUGAGCUGUUGCAUCAAGAGUUGGCUCAGCGACAGCAUUAUGUUAUGAACAGAAAGAGGUGGAGUCCAGAUAGUCUGGGCCUUACGAACAACACAGAGGAAUCUAAUUCAGAUGGACAGGUGUCCACACUCCUAUGGAAAUCACUGAAUGCAUGCAAACAGUUAGUGUAUUUGAACAGACAAAGAUCAAGAGAGGUUCAAAGUAAUAUUGUGGUGCUUGAAAAUAUUCUGGAGACCAUAGAAAUAGAUACACUUUUGGCACUUUAUACCAAGGAGCUCAGAUUAGCAACAUAUUUAACAAAACUGAUAAUGGUGCCUGUGGGGCCAUUACACAGAAUCAUGCACUUGCUUCUACCGAUGAGCUCCCAGAGUGAGCUGCUUUCCAUUUUGAGGUUGAUCAACAGUAAAUAUUCAGAAAUCAUUACUGAAAAUGAUGGCAUUAGAGAGGAAGCUGGCAACUUCAAGAGGAAGUUCCAAGAGUCAUGGCAAGCCUUAGAAACCAAAAUGAGACAAGAGAUGAUAAACACACACUUGAGGGAUUCUGUUGAUCAUAAUAAAAGAUUCAGUGUCCUGAAGCAAAAACAGCUUACACUUCUGGAAAAAUCAAAAUUGUUUCUUCCAGAAUGUUUGGCUGAACACUUUCAGUCAGAUGAGGUGGCUCCUGUGGGUGCUGCAGAAGUCAUUGAGCUCACAGACACAAAGGAGAAGAUAUUUGUUUUCCGUGAUUCCACAUUUUCUUUGGAUAUGUCAACAAAGAAAAAGAAGAAAACCAGCUUUCUAAAUUCAAAAAAGUCUGCCCUUCUAAAGAUGGAUGAGUGAAAUAUGGCGGGGUUAACCAUAACAUGCUGCUGAGAACAGCCCCUGCUCAUAUGGACAUUGGUUGAGAAUGUCGCUGUAUGGAGACUGUAUAUAUCUCCUGCUCUCUUUUCUGAUUGAUUAAUUAAGUGUCGUCAAGUCAGUCUUGACUCUUUGCGACCACAUAGAUUCUUUCCAGGAUGAUCUGUCUUCAACUUGGCCUUUAAGUCUCUCAGUGGUGCAUUCACUGUUGUUGUAAUCAAGUCCAUCCACCUUGCUGCUGGUCAUCCUCUCCUUCUCUUUCCUUCAACAUUUCCCAGCAUUAUGGACUUCUCAAGGGAGCUGGGUUUUCACAUAAUGUGUCCAAAGUCCUGGUCAUUUGUGUCUCGAGUGAAAAUUCUGGAUUGAUUUGUUCUAUGAUCCAUUUGUUUAUUUUCCUGGCUGUUCAUGGUAUCCUCAAAAGUCUUCUCCAGCAUCAAAGUUCAAAAGCAUCAAUACUUUUUCUGUCUUGUUUCUUCAAAGUCCAGCUUUCUCAUCCAUAGAGCAUCAGAGGAAAAACCAUUGUCUGAACGAUUCUAAUCUUUGUAGGUAUAGACAUGCCACAGCAUCUAAAUAUCCUUUCUAAGGCCUUCAUUGCAACCCUACCAAAUGCUAGUCUGCGGCAUAUUUCUUGACUGCUGGUAUGGAUAGCCAUUUCAGCACGAUUGAGUGAGUGAGUGAGUGAGUGAGUGAGUGCCGUCAUGUCGGUGUUGACUCUUAGCGACCACUUAUAGGCUUGUGUAUAUACAGUAUACUGAAGAAGAGGAACAAAGUAUACCAGAUGCAAGUUGGCAGACAAAGCAAAAUCCGCCAUUUGGGGACUUUCUCCACUUAGCUCUUUGUGGUUAGGAGGAGGACAGUAUUACUUUUGUGGAAUACUCAGCAGAUUGUACAUAUGAUGUAAAGCUUCCUUAACAUUUCUAAUAAAACCAUUAAAGAUGUAUUAUUCCUAUA